CGUGAAUGUAUCUCUAUCCAUGUCGGCCAGGCUGGUGUCCAGAUUGGUAACGCCUGCUGGGAGCUGUACUGCCUGGAGCACGGCAUCCAGCCCGAUGGCCAGAUGCCCUCCGACAAGACCGUGGGAGGAGGCGAUGACUCGUUCAACACCUUCUUCAGCGAGACUGGAGCCGGCAAGCACGUGCCCCGCGCCGUGUUCGUGGAUCUGGAGCCCACUGUGGUGGACGAGGUCCGUACCGGCACCUACCGCCAGCUGUUCCACCCGGAGCAACUGAUCACCGGCAAGGAGGACGCGGCCAACAACUACGCCCGUGGCCACUACACCAUUGGCAAGGAGAUCGUCGACCUGGUUCUGGACAGGAUCCGCAAGCUGGCCGACCAGUGCACCGGUCUGCAGGGCUUCCUGAUCUUCCACUCCUUCGGUGGAGGUACUGGCUCCGGCUUCACCUCGCUGCUGAUGGAGCGUCUCUCCGUGGACUACGGCAAGAAGUCCAAGCUGGAGUUCGCCAUCUACCCGGCGCCCCAGGUGUCCACCGCUGUGGUGGAGCCCUACAACUCGAUCCUGACCACGCACACCACCCUGGAGCACUCCGACUGCGCCUUCAUGGUCGACAACGAGGCUAUCUACGACAUUUGCCGCCGCAACUUGGACAUUGAGCGGCCCACGUACACCAACCUGAACCGUUUGAUUGGCCAGAUUGUGUCCUCGAUCACCGCCUCUCUGCGAUUUGAUGGUGCCCUGAACGUGGAUCUGACCGAGUUCCAGACCAACUUGGUGCCCUACCCCCGUAUCCACUUCCCCCUGGUGACAUACGCUCCGGUCAUCUCCGCCGAGAAGGCCUACCACGAGCAGCUGUCGGUGGCCGAAAUCACCAACGCCUGCUUCGAGCCGGCAAACCAGAUGGUCAAGUGCGAUCCCCGUCACGGCAAGUACAUGGCCUGCUGCAUGCUGUACCGUGGUGAUGUGGUGCCCAAGGACGUGAACGCCGCCAUUGCCACCAUCAAGACCAAGCGCACCAUCCAGUUCGUGGACUGGUGCCCCACUGGCUUCAAGGUUGGCAUCAACUACCAGCCACCCACCGUGGUGCCUGGCGGAGAUCUGGCCAAGGUGCAGCGUGCCGUGUGCAUGUUGUCCAACACCACGGCCAUCGCCGAGGCCUGGGCCCGUCUGGAUCACAAGUUCGAUCUGAUGUACGCCAAGCGCGCCUUUGUCCACUGGUACGUCGGUGAGGGUAUGGAGGAGGGAGAGUUCUCCGAGGCUCGCGAGGAUCUGGCUGCCCUGGAGAAGGACUACGAGGAGGUUGGCAUGGACUCCGGAGACGGCGAGGGCGAGGGUGCUGAGGAGUACUAAGCGUGGCGCCACUCCAGCGCUCGGGGGGAGUGUCAUUGGUGGGCGGGCCAACCGUCGAAAUCAGUGUUCACGCUUCCAAUCGCAACAAAAAUCCACUGCAACACUGUUAAGCGUACGAGAACGAAAAAAGAGAAGGGAAGAACCAGAUAGUAAUUUUAUCCACAAAGACACGUAUAGCAGAAAAGCAAGCUAACUCGGCGAUAAGUUGUGUACAAGAAUAAAAUCGGCCAGACAAGUGUUGACAGCAAAAAGAAAA